UAAUUAUUUUAUAAACACUGUCCACAAUGUUAAAACAAAGGCAAGGCCUUUUGCAAAACAGCAGAGUCAGCAGUUCUGCUAGCCAUGAGAACUUCUUCAACUUUAUUCGUCUUUUUGAUGUCGAAAGUUUCCAUUUCAACAGAGUGAGCAACGUUGUGUAUGGUGUUGGUUUGAAAAACUGGACUGCAUGUUUCUUGAUAAUAUUCGGACGGUAGUGCCGUGGAUUUUUGUUUUUUCUUGAUUGGUUUCAAGACUGUGGAAGAGAAUAUGAAGCGUCAGAGGAUUCAGAUUAAGCAGAAGCUCCAAGCAGCCAAAAGUAGCUUGGCGCGAGGGGCCAUGAAGGAGAAGAGCAAAAAUGCUGCCAGGUCUCGAAGAGAAAAAGAAAACGCCGAAUUCCUGGAGUUAGGAAAACUUCUGCCCCUGCCAGCUGCAAUUACGUCACAAUUAGAUAAAGCUUCAGUUAUAAGACUUACAACAUCGUACCUGAAAAUGAGACAAGUUUUUCCCGAUGGACUCGGUGAUGCUUGGGGAGCUACACCAGCAGUACCAAAUCCUCGAGACGCACCAAUAAAGGAACUUGCCUACUAUCUACUUCAAACAUUAGAUGGAUUCAUAUUUGUAGUGGCACCUGAUGGAAAAAUCAUGUACAUAUCGGAGACUGCUUCAGCACAUUUAGGCUUAUCACAGGUAGAACUUACCGGCAACAGCAUAUACGAAUACAUUCAUCCUGCAGAUCAUGAUGAAAUGACGGCCGUUCUAACCCCUAGUAUGCCCCCGCCUGGUACGCCGCCCCUGCAGGAUUACGAAACUGAUAGGGUCUUUUUCUUGAGGAUGAAGUGCGUCUUGGCGAAAAGAAAUGCUGGCCUCACGAACGGUGGAUACAAAGUGAUCCACUGUUCAGGUUACCUCAAGGUAAAACAGUUCAACACAUCCUCAUCAUCACCAUACGAAGGCUGCUACCAAAAUAUGGGUUUGGUAGCUGUUGGACAUUCCUUACCUCCAAGCCCAAUUACCGAGAUCAAACUCCACAUGAACAUGUUCAUGUUCAGAGCGAGUUUGGACCUGAAGUUGAUUUUCUUGGAUGCAAGAGUUGCCCAACUGACAGGAUAUGAACCACAAGAUCUCAUCGAAAAAACACUAUAUCAUUAUAUUCAUGGUAGUGAUAUUUUAGCCAUGAAAUAUGCACAUCACCAAUUGUUAUUCAAAGGUCAAGUAACGACCAAGUACUACAGAUUCCUAAGUAAAGGUGGUGGUUGGGUGUGGAUGCAGAGCUAUGCUACAAUCGUCCACAACACAAGAUCUUCCAGACCACACUGCAUAGUUUCCGUCAACUACGUUCUUAGUGAGCUAGAAGCCAAAGACCUUGUACUAAAUAUAGCUCAAGGACCUCCAAGGGAAGAACUAUCAUCAAACUCGCCAAUUCACUCACAAUCACCCCUCCAAGCUCCAUCGAGGGUCCUACCAUCACCACAAAAGUUUCCAAGGACAUCCACCUUGCCAUCAACGAUACCCCAAAAUUCGAUACCAGACGAAGAAUUCAGCGAUUCGAACGGUGGAGGUGCAAAUAAUGGUUUUAUGCAUUCUGAUUACCCACUCUUCGUCCAUAGUUACCCAGGAGAAGAGCCUGGCUACUACCACCAAGCACAAGAAGUAUACCACUACCCAUACUCGGACCCUGAAGCUAGUCAACAUGCCCUUCUGAAUGCUACCAUGGCCCAUCAAAGGAUAUACAGUUCCUCCUCCCCGCAUCUAGUUCCUCAGCAACAGAGGCCUUUUAGUGCAUCGUCCUCGAGCUGUAGUUCUUCGGAAAGUGAACAUUUGAACAUACAAAAUCUGAGCAAUCCAUACUGUAGUACGGAAUCUGCGCACUCGAACAAUUUCAACUUGAACUGCUUCAACAAUAACCAGAUUCCUACUCCAAACUAUGGACAGCUCAGUGGUCAUCAUUCUUCAGUGGCAGCAGGUUAUACCAGUGUGAUUGUGGAUAACCAGCAAUAUCAAAUAACUAAUGAAUAUGUUCAUUAAUUGUCUGGUAUAUCUCCUUAGCGAAAAUAUUACGUUUAAGUAAUGAUUCUAUCGAAGCAUCAGUGAAUGAUACUGAUCUCAUCUGAAGCAAACAGGAACAUUCAGCUUUGUCCAUUUGGGGUAUUGUACGUACCUAUAUCUUGGUUACUUUGGUUAGUAUCACAUUCCUCAUAGCUUCAAGAUGAAGAAGUCUUAUAUUUAUUCCAAAACAUCACUGUAGGAGGGGGGUUCCAAGCUGAUUGAUCUUGCAAAAUAUUCAAUUGGAUACGUUUUCCUUCAAGUGAGAACAGUGCAACUCAAAAUUGUAACCGUAUAUCAAAAACAGGACAUCACUUCCAGAAGUAACCAUUCAUUUAACUAUCUACUAUUUUUUAAAUUUGUCUAUACCUUAUUAUGUUUUUGAACAUUCACAUCACUAUUUAAUUUUCCAACUAAUCGACUGGUAGAUAGUUGAUUAUAUUUUCUGAUUUUUAAAAACAUAUCUACUCAUUAUGCAUGAAUUUUUACUUUGAACUUUUACUUAUUAUAUUGUACAGAAAAUAAUUUAUUUUUUAUUGCAAAUAUAAAAUGUUGUAAUUAUCUUUGAAAACAAUUCGAGUGUUUGUAUAUAGUUAAUAAUUGAUUUCCGAAAUAUCCAUGAGUUUUGUGCCAUGCAAGCUAAGAAUUGCAUAAAUUGUACAUAAUCAUAUUUUGAAUACAAAUGUGUGAAAUUUUUAUAUAGAUCGGACAAUAAUAUAAGACUGUGAAUAUAGAUAUAUGUAAAUAUACUGAUAUGUAUAAAAAUUUACUUACUAUAAAUGACUUGAAAACAUACAUUUUGAAUAAGAAGAAUGAAAAUAAUAAAAUUUUUUGUUACCCAUAAA